AUGUUAGCAAGUUGUGGAAGCUAAUACCUAUAUUAUUAUUAGAUUAAUAGAGCAAAUUUCACUUUAAAUUUGACUCAAAUUGGCACAAGUAAUUCAAGAAAAAGUGGCAAUCCUCAAAUGUAUUCGAAUGGCAACCCAAUAUUAAUAUCUGUUAUGACACUGAACGAGAUGCUGAUCAAGCCCACCAAGAACUACAACUAGGAAGACCUAAUAAAAACAUAUACUUACGCAGCACGGAAUACUCAUAUAAAAAGAUCAUCCUCAAUCCUAUCAUAUAUAUCACUAACAAACUAGGAUAAAUCACAAAUUAAUGAAAUACCUCUUCCAGGUUAGCCAUUAGUACAUAAUCUACAAAUUGUUGCAUUUAUAGUACUCUUGCUAGAAGAGUUAAAAAUACAGAAGAUAAGAAGGAGCCUUCAUAACCUCCUGAGUUAAUUUUUACUUCAGAAUUAGAAAUUUGCAGCAUAAUUUGAACAGUUUACAUCUGCACCUACUACUGGAUUAAAAUGUGUAGAUGUCCAAUAUUUUCAGGUCAACGUUGGUUGCGCAAUUAACAAAUAAGACAUCACUACUGUACUCUUGGUUGCUGGUUCAGGUUUUUUAUUAUUAGUUGAGGAGUAACAUAAUAACCUACAAACAUCUAAACAGUAAUAAUGA